UGUGUGCCUGAAUUACGGCUUAGCUCCAGCAGUGUGAAAUGUUUCCACCACCUUUCAUACACCUGUUUUGUUGUUGUGCUGAUUGACAGGCAGAGUCCGCCCCCCUGCACUUGUCCUUUCAUUUUAAUUGGUUCGAGACUGGUGGUGUUUGGAAAUUCCCCCGCGGGUCCCCCUGGCUCACACCUGACCGUCCGCAGUCAGCGGGAGAAUGAGACCGACCGGGCGGGGACACAGACGAACCACAGCCGCUCACGAUACCCGCAGUCACUCAGCACAGCUCCCGAGAAGAAGGCGAGAACAUGCCGCGGUCCUUCUUGGUGAAGAAACAUCAGAAGAAGCCAAGCUGUGCAAGAUUGAAGGCUGCCGAGACACCCUGCAGCACCCAUGAAGACUCUCUUCUGCACAGUGACAUCUCUUCUGAUCCUCAUUGUCCAGCCUCAAGCCCACGGUUACAGCAGAGAGUCCAGACUCCCUCUUCUCAUUGUCCUCUUUCUCACAGAGCAGUCAGACUCCCUCUUGCAUCUUCUCCAAACACCCCCUGUCUCUCCUUUUUGGACCAACAGAUAGAAGUCUAUGGCAGAAGCCCUGCAGAAACCUUCAAACCAGCUGAGUCCUCUAUGAAAGUGAACGUGGAAAUCCAGUGUGUCACGGGAAACCACAGAAGGAGAGAGAGCCUCCUCACACCGUCCCUUCCCCUCUUGGCCCUCUUUCCAGCUGCCUCACCGGGCAACAGCAGCCAGAAGAGCUCUGAGUAUUUGGACUGUCAUAAAGAGUACUUGAGCUUCCCGGGCCUGGCCAAACAAAAGCAGCUCCAGUGUGAGUGGAGCAGCAAGAAGCACUUCAGCUGUAAGCACUGUGAUAAGGAGUACGUCAGCCUGGGAGCGCUCAAGAUGCACAUCAGGACACACACACUGCCCUGUGUGUGUAAACUCUGUGGCAAAGCUUUCUCCAGACCCUGGCUGCUUCAGGGACACAUACGAACACACACAGGAGAGAAACCAUUCUCAUGUCUUCAUUGCAGCCGAGCUUUUGCUGACCGAUCCAACCUGCGAGCUCAUCUCCAAACCCAUUCGGAUGUAAAAAAGUAUCAGUGUGCAAGCUGUUUCAAGACUUUCUCCAGGAUUUCAUUGAUAGCCAAGCAUCAAGAGGCAGGCUGCCCACUGUUCUGACAGCCUGGAAACUUUAAUCUACUCCAAAUGUUUGAAAUAGCAGACAGACUGAGAACACCACAGUUCAGUCAGCAUGAAUGGAAAAGCCACAAAUUCACCUGUUAACACUGACAUCAGAACAGGCUGACUAGAACUACAUCUAUCAGUUAGGCUAAGCACCCACUGGACUAUAUUGCAGUAUGUUGGCUUCACCUCUUCUAAGACACCCUGAUUGUAUCCAACAUACUUGCCAUUUUGAACCAGAGCCAUUACACUUAACUGUAUUAUACUUAAGUUUAGCUUUUGAGUUAUAGUUGGGUAUCAGAUCUCAGUUAUUGGUAUUACCACCACAAUAAUGUGAUCAAGCUAUGCUGUCAUAGAGAGUGGUCAUUGGAUGGUGAUUGUGGGAAUCAGCACAGUGCAAACAUCUUUUUUGGAUGUUUGUUUCUAAAAGAAGAUUAUUUGUCCUUUUUAUUUUUGUAUCUUUAUGUCCUUGUUCACAACAACCUUGACUGUUUGGAGGGUCCAGAAAUCAACCAUGAAUUUCUUAAAGUCUCCACUUGGUACAUAGCUGUCUGUCAUUUAAAUGAGUAUCAAUUUACUUAAAGAUUGUGACAUAUCUCAUGAAUUGUUCCUGUUUCUGCAUAGAACUGCAUUUUUAUUUUAAUUAAAGCAGAAUGCUGGCAAGCUAAAACUUAAUAAGCACUGAAGAACUCUGCUUUUUUAAAACACUGCACUAUUAUGUGUGUUUUUGUAUUGAAAUGAUCAUUGACUUGGUAAAAAAAUAAAAUGUUGUACCUUCAUUUA